AUGAAGCAGAGGCUGCUGGUGGUGGCGAACAGGUUGCCGUCGGCAGUCAGAAGGGGGGAGGAAUCUUGGUCGCUUGAUAUCAGCGCGGGCGGCCUUGUCAGCGCUCUGCUUGGUGAGAGCUUGAGCUUUAGUCUUAUCUCCACUGCAUGGUUGCUUCGUCAUCAUGUUAGAUCUCCUGGGCCUCUGAGCCCAGCAAUGCCAACUAUGGGCUAUCAUCCUGGUGCGCCAAGGCUUGCGCCACAACACUUGUAUUAUGGUCAGGGAACGACUGGUCUAGUUCCACCCCAACCUGUUCCAGGGUUUCGGCCUGGUGUUGCACCAAACUUCAUGAUUCCUUACCGGGGUUUCUUGACGGUUGGGGUUGUUGUUUUCGAAAUCAAAGAGGCAGGACAAACCAGUAUCGAGAUCCCCUCUGUCGGUAUCUGCAUCCACAUAUUCUUCCCCGGAGGUCCCAUCAUCGUCACCCGUAGGGAGGAGCUCUUCCUCGUCUGUGAGAAGAGAUUUGGAGAUAUACCGGCAGCGACUGAGGAGGAUGUGAAUCUUGCGGUGGAGGCGGCGAGGAUAGCGUUGAAGAGGAAAGGCGAUAAGGAAUGGGCUCGUGCUACGGGAGCUUUUCGUGCUAAGUAUCUCCGGGCAAUUGCUGCUAAGAUAACAGAGAGGAAGUCUAAACUGGCUAAGCUAGAGGCGCUUGAUUGUGGGAAGCCUCUGGAUGAGGCAGCAUGGGACAUAGAUGAUGUUGCUGGCUGCUUUGAGUACUAUGCAGAUUUUGCUGAAGCCUUGGACUCGAAGCAAAGAAGUCCUGUUUCCCUUCCUAUGGUUCAUUUUAAGUCCUAUGUUCUUCGAGAACCAAUAGGAGUUGUUGGGUUAAUUACUUCCUGGAACUAUUCUUUAUUAAUGGCCACGUGGAAGGUUGCUCCUGCCUUGGCUGCUGGAUGUGCAGCUGUACUAAAACCCUCUGAACUUGCAUCAGUGACUUGCUUAGAACUUGCUGAAGCAUGCAUGGAAGUAGGACUGCCUGCUGGCGUCUUAAACAUAGUAACAGGAUUAGGGCCUGAAGCUGGUGCUCCUUUGGCAUUUCAUCCGCAUGUUGACAAGAUUGCUUUUACUGGUAGCUCGGCAACUGGGAGAAAUGUCAUGACGGCUGCUGCACAAUUGGUGAAGGAAAUAAUCAAAGAACUGAUGGAAAGGCUACCACAGAUGAAAGAGCUUAUGGAUAUGUACUGUGGCUCUGAUAGAUUGACUGCAAAGCAACAAAUGCAUGAGUUAGACAGAGUCGCAAAAACUCUACUAGAGAAUAUACCUUCAUCUGUGAAGAGGUUCAUUGAUCGUGCCGUUCUUUCACUUCAAGUUUUCUUUUUUUCAAUUUAGUUUAGUUUCAUGUAAAUCUUAUAAUGUGUCAUUCUCUGACAUGGAAAACACUGAAUAUGUCAAACUGGAAUAUUUAAACAAGCCUUUGAGUGUUGACUUAGAAAUGGAAAUGAAUGUAAUUAUUUU